AUGCGCGUCGCGGUCACGGGUGCUGGCUUCGCCGCGCCCAGCCACACCGCGCUGCGGCGCUCUCCGCUGGCGGCGCGCGGCUUUGUUGGCGCUCACUCUUUGUCACACGCGCGCCUGCGGACGGGCGGCGCACAGGGCCCUACUCGGAAACUCCAUUUCCCGCUAUUCGCCGCUCCCUCCCCACCGCGGCACUUCACCACGCGGCUGCGCCGCGCCACGGGGCGCCGCGCGCGCCACCUGUUACCCAACGUCGCCAUUUUAACCGUUCGCGGCGACGUAUGCGUAGUUCCAGGACCGCCCGCCGCCGUGCGCGCGGCGUUGUCAUCUCCUCGCUCGGCGCUGGUGGUGUGGCUGCCGCCCGCGCAGCCCAACGGCGUUCUGCUGCGCUACCACGUGUACCAGCGCGAGGUGCGGCGCGGGGACGGUGGCGGAGGCGGCGGGGGCGGCGGGUCGGAGCGCGAGCGCGAGCCCGCGCGCCACGCCGUCAACGCCUCCGCCACCGAGUUCGAGGCGCGGCCCCUCAGCGAGCAGGCCACUUACAUGUGGUGGGUGAGUGCGGAGACGCAGGUCGGCGAGGGACCCAGCUCCACCGUCGUGGACCUCACGCCCAGUGCCAGAGUUCCUCCUCCACCGCCUUCCCUUUCUGUCGUGGAUGCAGGCUCCACAAAUCUUACAAUCAGAUGGACUGUCACACGUCAAACGUCCGCGAGUGUGCUGAAGGGAUUUAUUCUAGCGUGGAGAGAAAUAACAGAUGACGAUUCUGUUGACUGGCACGAAGAACGCCUACCGAAACGAUCAACACAGCACGUAUUGGGACCUCUUCUAUGUGGAUCCGAGUAUGAGCUUGCUGCCGCGGCAAUUAAUCAGGUCGGGCGAGGAGAGCUGGGUCAUACCAUCCGCGCGCGCACCCGAGGCGGCCUGCCAGAAGCCCCGUCGCCUCGCCUGGCCAUCAGCGCCGCUCCUCGCUCCCUCACCGUCCAUCUCGAGCGGUGGAGGGACGCCCAUUGCCCCAUCUCCCACUUCGUUCUGGAGCGCACCACGGAGUCGGGAGCAGAUCGCCAUUGGACAACUGUGACCGAUCAUGCGCCUCCAGGAAGCAGCUACAUGCUGUCAGAGCUUUCUCCAGCUACUUUUUAUUGGAUUCGAGUUACUGCAUUUAACAACCGUGGAUCUGUUGUCACCGAAUUUAAAGUGUCCACACUCACUGUAAAAGGAGUGGACUCUGAUCCUGGCCCUGUGGAGCAACCUGUGCUGUCGGACUUGCGCGUGAGCCUGCCCAUCGCCGUGAGCGCUUUGGCUCUUGUGCUGACCCUGGUCACGGCCGCAGCGUGCCUCCGGCGAAAGCCAGUUUCUUGUCCAAGUACAGAAUUACCAGUCGCUUCUGAUGGGGGUAAUUUUCUUAACAAACCCGAUUAUUUUAGCGCCCUUCGCAAGAAACCUGAAAUUCCUCCCCCGCCCACCUGUGAGAAUUCUGGGAGGAUACCUGAAUAUGUGGAAGACAUUUAUCCAUAUGCGACUUUUCAAGCCCAAAAACCAGUUCCCCAAGUCUCAAGUCAACGAGGAUUUCAAACAUUCGUGUAUCAAGGUUCCGGACUUUUAGAUGUUGAUAGCUAUGCAUCCAGAGAGGAGCAGCCGGCAGAAUAUGCGCAUGCUACUGCAAUGCGAUCAGACACAGAAGAGUACGACUCCUUGGGGUCAGAUUCUGAUAGUCGAGUUGAUGAUAGAUCUACUCAAUUUCAUCCCACCUAUCAUCACAGCAACAUUCGACACAGUAUGAUUUACUUUCCAUCUUAAAUAAUUAUAUAGAUAUAAUGUGUCUCAUUCAAUCUAAUGGAUUGAAUUAAAAUGGAGUGCGAAUAAAAAUGAAAUAUUUCCAUCAUUGGCAAAAGAUGUUUUCAUAGCAUGUUUGUAUUGGCCAGUAAUUUAUCCAGUAUUCCUGUAAUAUUAUAUAAAACUGCUAUAAUACUGACUCCAAAUAAUUUUGCUCUGAAAUAAAUACACUUUAUAAUGAUGAAAUAAAUUUCUUCGCACUCCAUUCCUAUUCUAUUUAUCGAAUUUACUCAAUUGAUCGUAACGAAUUAAAAGACAUCGAGACAACGUAUAUUUGAAAGACUGAUUAAUUACUUUAUUAGAGUAAGCGGAUGUUUAUCAAAGUUAUUUAUAAAAUAUCUUUAAAAGUAAGUAUUUGGUUAAUCAAUGUGUUAUGUUAAUAAACAACUAAAUAUUCUUUAAUAAACUAUAUCUAGUUAUAUUUGUGACACGUUAAUUGAAAAUAAUUCUUAAGAUGUGCUAUCAUUUAUACUGCUCUAUGUACAAAAAAUUUUAAUUAAUUAUGUAAUGGCACUAACAUAAUUUCUUCCGUAAUAAAUGCUAAAUGACAAUUUUUAUAUAUCAAAUUUCUAAAUGUGGAGUGGCCUGAAAUAUUUAUCUAAAAAUAGUUAGUUUUAAUUAUUUUUCGUACUACUAACGGAAAUAUUGAUUGAAAGAUAAAUACUAUGCAAGUUUCUCUCAUACAUUUAUAAACUUUUGCGCUUCCAACUUGCUCAUUGAAAAAAAUUUGGCUUUGUGCAAUACACACUUUUUCCUUUUACUCAUUCUUCUGUUUUCUUGACUUGUGUUUUUGUACUCUAAAAUUGCAUGCAUGAUAAUGGCAAUAUUGGAAGAUGAAGUUCUUGGAAUGGACAUUGAAUUCUGAAAACUCUUUUAUCUCAUGAAUGUUUCACCUAUGAUACAGUGCACACUUUGAAUUGCUUUGAAUGCAUUCGAAAAUAACUAAGAAGUCUAUAAUCCUGAAAUAAUUCUUAUACACCCACUUUUAAAAUUGAAUUUUGUGGUAGAUUAAUGUCCCAAAGUAGCAUUUUUUCAAAUAAGUCCAUUAAAAUAAUAUCUGCCUAGGACUGUUAAAAAUAUAAGCACCAAAUGAAACAACGCAAACUUCUUCUAACAAAGACGGGGAGGCAAUUAGUUUUUUAAUACAAGAUAUUCAAGUAAAGUUUAUAUUGAAAUUUUGAAAUUAAGUACAUGUUUCUGUACAACAUUAAAUGUAGCUGUUUACUUUACUAUCUUGGUUUUUUGAUAUUACACAACUAUUCUUCGAUGUUUUUAAGCUGAUACAUUAAUAUAAAUUACUUCCACAAGAAUAUAAUUUCUGAAAACAUUAAAAUUUAAAAUACAUCGUUAUUAUAAAAAUACAAUAGAUGUAAGUAUGCAAAAAAUACACACAAAAUAUUCACACAAAAAGCUUUUUGAACUCUCUUUUCCACCGCUUUUGGCUCUACUAUGCUAUGCACCAAUUGGCAUACCAUUCUUCAGAAAAAAAAAAAUUUGACUUUGGUACAUAAAUAACAAUUUCUAUAUACAAUGAAAUCACCACCCUUUUAUUUCUAAUGCCAGAAUUGUGUUAUUUUUUAUGUCCCCAAUGCUCUUGUAACUUAUUGGCUGCAUUUUUGAUGGUGUUAUUGUUAUCGGUUAUGUGUUAAUGGCUAAUGAUGCAAGUCCAAUAAUUCAUUCAAUUAUUUUUAUUUUAAACAAAAUAAAGUUUAAAAGUUCAUAGAAAGUGUAUGGUGGGACAGAUAAUAUUUUUCAUGCUACAACAAUUAAAGAUUCUUUUCUUCUCAAGCAUUUAUCUUUCUGAACAAUUGAAUAAAAUAUAUUAAUAUAAAAAUGGAAUAAAAAUAGAAUGUGCCAAAGAAAAAAAAUUAUUAUGGAAAUUAUUAAUUACUUCAGUUAAAAGAAAAAUAAAACAGUGAAAUCAAAAUGAAAUAAAGAUUUGUGUAGUAAGC